AUGGAAGACAAGAAACCAAAUACGCCUUCGAAUUCCAACGAAAAUAUGUCAACAUAUCCGAUAUCUCCCCCACCGAUAUCCACAAAAAAUUUUCAUGGAAUUAACGGCGUCAACAUAACCUCACCUCAAAUAGCUUCACUUCGUUUAAAACCCGCAAAAAGUACUGAUUCACUCACAAAUCAUCCCUUGCAGAAUUUUGACGAUGAAGAAAGUGACGUAAACUCUAUCUGGUCAAGUCAACGAAGUCUACCCAGCGAUUCAGUAGGCGGUUUGAUGUUAACUAAACUUCGUGAAUUGAAUUUGGACUUUUCGGGCAUUGUGCAAAUGUUGAUUGCAAAAAAGGCAACACUAUUACUCCCUACGUCUCCCGUAAUGCCUUUCGAACAAAUCGAUCUAACUUUCCUUGAAGAUCAUGUAAUUGUCUCUCAACCAAGCGAAGAUGGUCAGAAAGUUAUUGGAUUGGUACCACCUGAACCUGAAAUUUCAACUUAUAUUAAAGAAAAUUCUAAGACUCGCAAAUCAAUUUUUGAUACGAUUAUAAAACCUAUUGAUCUAUCUUAUGAUUAUCCGUCGAUCGAAAUUAUCAAUAAAAAUGUUGAUAUUCUUUUUGAAGGAAUGACAAUUCAAAUUAUAGUAAUUGAUUCUCCUAUACGAGCUAAAGAAGUUGCAGAACGUAUUGCUGCACAUAAAGCAGAAGAAUUUAAAGUUAAAAAUGAAGAAACAUCAAUUGAUAAAAUUCAAGGUCUUUUUUAUAGUUUAGGAGAUCAAUUUGAAUUACAAGCUGAAUUAAAUGAAGAAAAGCAAGAUGAUAAUGAAAAUGAAAUAGAUAAAUCAAUGAAUAUUGUUGAAAAAUAUGUGUGCACUGUACUUUAUGAUCUUAUAUUUUGUCCAAAGUGGUCUGAUGAUAAUUUACAAGACGAUAUUUUAGGAUCAAAAAUUGCAGCUUUAAACUUUUGUAAAUUAUGUCUUUUACAUCUUGGAGUUGAUGUCAAUUUGCAACAAGAGCAAAUUGAUAUGGUCGUGAAAACUGCGGGUAGAGAAUUACAAAAUUUGGAUCAAAUGAAGGCUCCCUAUGAGAAACUUGAUACUCUUAUUAGAUGUCAUAGGAUUGUAGUUGAUGAGUUGGACGAUACAACAAAAAUUGUUCAAGAUGCGCCUACAGUGCCAUCAUCGGCCACGUCACCACAAGCAUCUGAUUCUCCUACAGUGCCAACAUCAGCCACCUUACCACAAGCAUCUGAUUCUCCUACAGUGCCAACAUCGGCCACCUUGCCAGAAGCAUCUGAUUCUCCUACAGUGCCAACAUCGGCCACCUUACCAGAAGCAUCUGAUUCUCCUACAGUGCCAACAUCGGCCACCUUACCACAAGCAUCUGAUUCUCCUACGAUGCCAACAUCGGCCACCUUACCACAAGCAUCUGAUUCUCCUACA